AUGCACACUGGAAAGCUGCCUCCUUCCCUUCUCACCCAACCAAUCGCAUGGUCUAAGUGGACCUCUGCUACUAGCUGGCAGAUCUCUCCCUUCCUGAGGUGGGCUCCCGGGCUGGGCCUGGAAUCGAAACAGCUCGCACUCCAGGGCUGGGGAGAGGCGCUGCAAGCAGGAGCCAGAGACGAAACUCAAGUUGUGACCCGAACUGGGAGCUGUGCCUUUAAGCCGCCUUUCCAUUUGGGGAAACCGACGCCAGCACUCGAGGGUCGGGUGGCGCCGGAAAGGCCCCUCAUUCUGCACUCCCCUCUUUCCCCCCUCCCUUUCCCCUCUCCCCCGCCUCUUAUCCCCUCCCCUCCUCGGCCGUCCGGCCGCCUCCCCGCCUUCCGUCACCUCGCCGCCUGCCGCACUCCUGGAGCGAGCGAGCGACAAGCGAGCCACGGCGAUGGGGCCGCCCGCGGCGCAGCCAUGGAGCCCGCCGGAGGAGCCCGCGCGCUCUGCUGCCAACCUGCCCGCAGCCCGCCGCCUGCGCGCCAGCUCCCCGCGUCCCGGGCCGGCUGCUGCCGCCCCGCCAACCUCCACAUGCCCCGCCGCCCGGCGCCACUGAGCCCCACGCCUGUGCAGAGCUCAGGGACACGGGCGCCCUAG